AUGCUCACUGAGCUCCCCUCCGAAAUCGUCGUCCACAUCGCAAUAUAUCUUGAGACUGCAACUGAUGUGUUGAACCUUUCACAAACUUGUCAUCGAUUGCACCAAGUGGUUACUACAGAAGAGUCAACAAUAUUCCGAGGCUUUGUCCAAACCAAAUUUCCAGGAACAGCCACCCCAGCGUUCUGGAAAGAUGCGGCGUGUGCCCUGACCUCUCGGUCGCGAGCGUUGGAUAAACUAGGGAUCAUCGGCCGGUUCGUCAUCCCUUCCAAGAGCAUAACUCGAAUUGGAGUCAAGGACGAAACUCGUCGCGAUAAUCCUACCAUUGGUUACCGACCUGCUAUUGAUUCAUAUGAGAUCUGGAAUGGUGAUCGCUGGGCUGAUAAGAAGGAAGUACUUGCUUGGGGCGCAGGUCAUAAGCUUGUAAUGCGAACAAAACAGUCUGGAUCUAAUCCGCAAGAAAACUGGUUUUUAUUCAACGGAGUAGAGAAUGCCAGUGUUUAUGAUGAUAUAUGUGGUGUGCAUCUUCUUGAGCCGGAACAGAGUAAGGAUGUGAACAUUCAGCCCUUGAUCUUCGGUCGAAUGCGAGGCGAGCUUGUUCAUAUCGCACUUUCUCUCAAUGAAGCCACGCAUGAUAUCAGGCAAAACUUCAUUACUCAUGGCCUGGAACUAGAACGAACCGACCUUUAUGGUGGUACACUCGCAGCCCAUUUUGCUAAUGGAUGUACUGCUUUUUACCAUGCUAAGAACGAUGUGAAAGAUGUUGAGCCCUUUGCAUUGAUUCGUCCAGAGCAAGACACAACAUUGCAAAGGCGAUACUCAAAACUUCUUUCUGAAUCGCGAGUUGCUGUCGCAUCAGGAAAAACACAAGGGUCUCUUUCAGUUUCAACAGUCGCACCCGAUGGCAUUCGUUUUAAGCACGAAAUUGACGUGACUGCCCUGGACCUUGAUGAGCGAGUCUGUACUUGGGCGCAAGCCAAUACCACUGCUAUCAUGCCUCUCAAUACUUGUACAUUUACUGGGUCCCAAGGAGAUGUUUUUCUAGCUGCGUGGGGUGACGGUGCUAUACGCCUCCAUGAUAUUCGUUCCCCGCGCUCAUACGAAGCUGCAUAUAGAGAUACCACAGAUAUGAACCAAGUAUAUAGCGUGCACCCCUUUGGAAAUGACCACUUUCUAGCUGGGACCGGGGGCAACGCCCUUCUGAAGAUUUUUGAUCUUCGCAUGGGUAAUACAUACAGCUACCUGAAUGGGAAUAGCCCAUCCACAACCAACAAACUCGCCAAUUCGGUGAAGAAAAAAAGAGCCCACAACUUCUCUCUCUUCCUCUCUGCUCACCCUCCUAUUGACCCAUCAAACCCCCGCUCUCGCCGGCGCAGAGACGAAUCAUACCGUGGUCCAAUUUAUACAAUUUCUACACCAUCAUCAUCCUCGCCGACGGCAUACAUUGGGAUCGUGGAUGGCGUUGUACGUCUCGAUUUUGCAUCCACUGAUGACUUGACCGGACCAGUCAAAGAUUGGUAUGAUUUAAAUCUUGAUCUUGGUGUAGAUAUGGGUCAGCCCUCAGUACCAGCUGCGGAAGACAAGGUGUCAAGAUUGGCAGGAUAUGAGCGCCCGGACCCAGAUGAUCUGAGCACAACAGCUAAGCUGCGUAAACAACAUGGAUUUUGGUAUCCUGAGUCAAGAGAUUUCAACGAAGAGAUGACUGGCUGGGAUCGGCGAUGGGCACCCAUUGCAAAACCUUCAAACUGGAGAUGA